AUGGUCGAUAAAAGAAGUUCGCAAGUUCAAAGUAAAGAUCCCAUGCAUCAAAACACUUUUCGUCACGAAAACGGAAAACACGAAAACUCAUCACAUUCUACCAAAUCAUCACAAUCAGUAAAUGUUAGCAUUGUUAAUGAUAAAGAGGGAAAAUCUGAAGAAGACACAAAAGUUCUACAUACAUCUCAUAAAACACAUUCAAUCGUAUUAUUGAAGACAGCAGUUGCUCCCGUUUGGUCCGACAGUACAGGUAUAGACGCAAACAUAUUUUUUGAUGAAGGUGCACAACGUUCGUUCUUAACAAAAGCUCUUGCUUUAAAAUUAAAACUUGAAAUCUACAGAACAGAAACAAUACAGUUGGCCUGUUUCGGAGACACAGGUAAUAGCAUUCGACACUUAGGUAAGUGUACUUUAUUGGUAGAAACACAGACGAGACAGAAAAUACCUAUCGAGGUUCUUGUUGUACCGAAAAUAGCCGUUCCGUUACAGAAUCAUGUCCGAAAACUAGACUUGAAAAACAACUACAUUUAUUUACAAGGCUUGAAUUUAGCGCAUCCAAUUACCGACGAAAGUAUGUUUGAAAUUACAGUAUUGAUUGGAGCAGAUUAUUAUUGGCAGUUUAUUGAAGACAAAAUCAUCCGCGGAGAUGGCCCUACUGCUGUUAAAUCGAAGCUAGGUUAUCUUUUAUCCGGUCCGUUAAAGGAGUCGGCUACACACUCACUGUCAGUAUUAAACAUGCUUAUUUCGCAUAAGACCGAGGAGUUCGACAUCGCAUCAUUCUGGAACUUAGAAUCAAUGGGAAUAAACUCUAAAGAAUUAGACCAAGAGAAUGAAGAUUACUUAAAAACGUAUCAGAACACUUGCAUUGAAUUUCAAGGCGGACAAUAUAUCGCAAAAUUACCAUGGAAACGAGAACAUGAUCAACUUCCGACAAAUUUUAGUAUUGCAAAACGAAGAACUGAAUCUGUAAUCAGAAGGCUAGACAGGGAACCAGGUAUGUUGAAAACGUAUGACGAUAUUAUAAAGAACCAAGAGCUUAAAGGUUUCAUUGAAAAAAUCGAGGAUGAAGAAUGUGACGACAAGACAGUGCAUUAUAUACCGCACCACCCAGUUAGGAAAGAUUCGUUGACCACACCAAUUCGCAUUGUUUACGAUUGUAGUUGUAGACAAUCUGAUCAGUACCCGAGCUUGAACGACUGUCUAAUGAAUACACCACCCGUUCUUAAUGACUUGACAAAACUAUUAUUGCGUUUCCGAUUAAACGCCAUCGCAAUUUCAACGGAUAUCGAAAAGGCAUUCUUACACGUAGGUUUACACGAACAUGACAGAGAUGCGACAAGAUUUUUGUGGAUGUCUGAUGCAGAAAACAUAAACAGUAAAUUGGUGACAUAUCGUUUUAAGUCUGUUCUUUUUGGCGCUACAUGCUCCCCUUUUAUUCUGAGCGCAACACGACUCAAACAUGUGCAGACUCAAGAAAAGAAUAGUGACACAGCUAAAAUGAUUGAACAAGACAUUUAUGUUGAUAAUAUUAUAUCGAGCGUAAGUAACGAGAACAAAGCCGUACAGUAUUACAAAGAAGCUAGGGAAUUAAUGACAAAAUGGAUUUUAUCUCCGAUCGUGGACAUCAAACAGUCAGCUUUUACGGACAAUAGCAUGCGCUGA